AUGGUGCUCCAUGCGGUGGCGGCGGUGGCUCCCCCUGCUGACUGCCUGGAGGCGGAGCAGGCGUGCGUGCUGGACGGGGGCUGCGUGGAGGUGUACCGGGUGCUGGAGUACUGCUCGGCCGAGGAGGCGGUGGCUCCGCUGGGGCCCGAGGCGCGCAGGGAGUGUCUGGAGGCCCAGGGCGCCCUGCAGUACUACCGCCCCCUGCAGGAGUGCAAGUGCCACCGCGGCUCGCGCCGAGAGGAGCUGUGCCUGCGCGUCUACUGGACCGUGCGCUUCGACGCCUAUGAAGAGUACGACGUGUCCCCGUAUGCGGAUCUGGAGCUGGAGGUGGUGAGGAACAUCGAGCUGUCACGCAUGGCAUCUAUGAUGGCAGUGUCGUCUCUGCCGCUGGACGGCCAGAACCCGUGUCUGAAGGCGGCGCAGGACUGCGGCCUGUACGAGAAGUGCGGCUCGCUGCGCUCCGAGUACGUGGUGGCCUGCACCAAGGCCUCGGCCAGCUCCGGCGGCUUCUGCAACCGCCAGAAGUGCCACCGGGCGCUGCGCCGCUUCCUGGAGCGCGUGCCCGAGGAGUACGUCUUCUCGCUGCUCUUCUGCUCCUGCGCCGACCCGCUGUGCGCCGAGCGCCGACGCAAGACCAUCGUGCCCUCCUGCUCGUAUGAGGAGCGCGACGCCAAGCCCAACUGCCUCAGCCUGCAGGGAUACUGCAUGCGGGACGAACUGUGCAGAUCCAGAUUGGCAGAUUUUCAGCACAACUGUCAGCCGUCCUCCCACUCCCCGACGGGCUGCGUGCGCGAGACGGGCACUGUUUGCCUCAAGGCCUACGCCGGACUCAUAGGUACCAUAAUGACUCCUAACUACGUGAGUAACAGCAGUAAGGAGGUGGCUCUGUGGUGUAACUGCGAUGGCAGUGGUAAUCAGUGGAGCGACUGCCAGCGAGUUCUCAACAUCUUCAACGCAAACACCUGCCUCAAGAAUGCCAUUAACUCAUUAGGCCACGUGCCCGUCCCUACGCUGGAGACGACGCCGGCCCCCACCCACCACCCGUCCCCACGCACGCCCAGCCACCACCACCCCCACCACCUGCGCCAUCACCACGACGACGACCGAGACCGAGACGGCAGCGAUGGCGGCGUCACCACUAGCAACGGCCUCACCGACCUCGACGUCAACGGCAAGGUCGUCUCCCGUGGCAACAGCCAUCAUCAUCACCACCACCACUUGAACCACAGUGCCAACAGCCUGCCCGGACACAGAAGGGAGGAGACGACGGCCGCGGAUGAGGAUGAGGACGACGAGGAUGAGGAGGACGAAGAGGAGGACAGUAAGAAGUUCAACGUGAUCCCGCCCUACUCCAAGAAGGAGUCCAGCACAGGAGCGGAGGCCUGGGGGGUGCACCACCGGAGCAGCGGCCCCCCUUCAGCCCUCCUGUGCCCCCCCACGCUGCCACUGCUGCUGGCCGGCAGUGCUCUGGGCCUGGGGGCCGCCUAUCUGGGUUAG